AUGACGGCAGCAUAUCCAGUAACCAGCACUGUCGAAUUGCUCGAGGGUAUCAUGGUUCAUUUUUCACGAAAGCCUCUCGCAAGGUCAACCCGAACAGCAGGAGAAUGGCACAACGUCUUUAUAGAACCUCCCCAGGUCCGCAAGUUCCUCGACCCAUCACCAAGGGAGCCUUUGGAGCUCUCGGACGCCGCACCAGUCCAUUGCACAAUCUACAUCCGAGGCGGUAUCACGAUUCGAGACAUCUACGACGUCACUGCUGCUGUUGUGGAGAGUAGCGAGCUCUAUGAACCGUUCGACUGGAUGGCGUAUACUUAUCAUGAUGGGUUUACGUGGGCCGAAUGCUCUGUUGUGACGAUUCAGAAGGACGAGGCUUAUCGGUGCAGGCGACCGGAGUGGGAGAUGAAGUGGGAUCGGUAUAUGAGGAUGAAGUAUGGCUUUCAGGAUUUGGUUUCGGAGGAUGAUGUUGAAUGA